GUUUGUUGGUAUGCUGUAAAAGUCUGCCAAUGAUGGUGGAAAUGUUUGAGUGCGAAAUUGUGGAAGGAAUUUAAUUCGUUUCUGAACAUUGUUUUUAUAUGUAUUUGUCUACAUAACAGUCUUACAUACAAUUUUGUGCCUAUUGUGAAGGUGUCUUCGUAAAAUGUUCCGAGUAAUCAAAUAUGCGCGCGUCCAAAGAAUAAGCGCGGACGUACGUAACCUAAAAGAAAAUAGACGGAAUGCUGGGCAUAGUAAAUGGGCCAAUAUAAAACAUACUAAAGCAGCGAAAGAUGCCCAGAAGUCCACAACAUUCCAGAAAAUGUCACGACUUAUACGUCUGGCAAUACAAGAAGGUGGAAGCUCUGAUCCUAACUUCAAUUCACAGUUGUCAAGUACAAUUGCACAAGCAAGAAAAUAUAACAUGCCUUUUGCUUCUAUACAGAAGGCAAUUAAAGAAAACAAGGACACAAAAUCUAAUGCAAAAUCAUGUUACUUUGAAAUCCGUGGCCCCGGUGGUUGCACCAUUGUAGUGUAUACUUUAACUGAGAAUCUAAGUAGAAUAAGAGCUGCGCUCAACACCAUUGUAAGAAAGCACAAUUCUUCAUAUACAGAGGGUGCAAUUCAAGGAUUAUUUGACCAUAAAGGAGUGAUUGAGGCCAAACCACCUGAGAAUACAACACUGGAAACAGCUGUAGACCAUGCCAUUGAGGCCGGCGCAGAAGAGGUAGAUAAACUGGAAGAUGCAGAAGAUCAUGUGUUACAAUUUGUAUGUACACCACUGGUUCUGCAUCAAGUGAGAGGAAAGCUGGAGAAGUUGCAGUAUACCAUCAUGAAAGCUGACUGUGAAUUAAUUCCAAAGAUACAAGUCACUUUGAGUGAUGCUGAUCUUGAAGCUGUCAGGAAACUAUGUGAUAAACUGGUGGAUGACCCUGAUGUUGUGAGAUUAUAUGAUAACAUUGCAUAGUAUAGUGUGACUAGUUUAGGAAAGGGCAUAUUUACUGAACUUGGAGGCCUCCAAUACACAAGUAAAGAAAUCAAACACAGA